AUGGAAGAUCGGUGCUCGAUCAAGAACGAUGUCACUGAAUUGAUCGGUAACACACCAAUGGUGUAUCUAAACAAAGUUGUUGAUGGUUGUGUGGCCCGUAUAGCCGGAAAGCUUGAGAUGAUGGAGCCUUGCUCUAGCGUCAAGGACAGAAUCGCUUUAAGUAUGAUCAUAGAUGCAGAAGAAAAAGGGUUGAUUAAACCCGGAGAGAGUACAUUGAUUGAGCCAACGGCUGGUAACACGGGGAUUGGUUUAGCCUGCAUCGCUGCUGCAAGAGGGUAUAAAGUGAACCUUUUGAUGCCUUCAACGAUGAGCUUAGAGAGGAGAAUCAUUCUAAAAGCAUUAGGUGCAGAGCUUCAUCUCACAGAUAUGAAGAUAGGCAUUACAGGAAUGCUGAAGAAAACUGAAGAGAUACUAAGCAAAACUCCUGGUGGUUUCGUUCCACAACAGUUUGAAAAUCCUGCAAACCCUGAGGUUCAUUACAGAACCACGGGUCCGGAGAUAUGGAGAGAUUCAGCAGGGAAAGUAGAUAUAUUGGUUGCUGGUGUUGGAACCGGUGGAACUGUUACUGGAGUUGGGAAGUUCCUCAAAGAGAUGAAUAAAGACAUUCAGGUUUAUGCGGUGGAACCUCUAGAAAGUCCGGUACUCAGCGGUGGAGAACCAGGUCCACAUUUGAUCCAAGGGAUUGGCUCUAGUAUCAUCCCAACCAAUUUGGACUUAACCAUUGUUGAUGAAGUCAUUCAAGUGAGAAGUGAGGAUGCUAUUGAAACAGCCAAGCUUCUUGCUCUCAAAGAAGGAUUGUUGGUGGGGAUAUCCUCUGGAGCAGCAGCAGUAGCGGCGUUAAAGGUUGCAAAGAGGCCAGAAAACGCAGGGAAACUCAUUGUGGCGAUUUUUCCCAGUGGAGGAGAGCGUUAUUUAUCGACUAAACUGUUCGAUUCUGUUAGAGAUGAAGCAGAGAAAUUGCAGAUUGAGUGA